AUGUGUGAUCCUACUUACUGGGGCACCACUCUAUUCUUCGCUGCCUGUUAUGUCUCGGCGGCUCUUUCCGUCGUUCCCACUGUCUGGUUCAUCAUUCAUGGACAAUCUGCCGUGGCUUCCUUAGGCAUAUGGGUGACUAUAGCCGACUUGGUACAUGCAAUCAAUUCCACAGUCUGGCGGAAGGAUGCCAUUGAUCGCUCACCUACUUGGUGUGAUAUCAGCUCACAGAUUAUCCUUAUAUAUUCUACGGGCUCUAUAUGCUCGUGCCUAUGCAUUGCCAAAUUCUUGGCCUUUGUGCUCUCUCCAUCCGCUAGGAAUCUCGGCCAUGAUGAUCGUCGACGAAUCAACAUCCGAAACUACCUUUUCAGCUUGGGAUUCCCCAUCGCCAUGAUCCCGUUCCAUUACCUUUACUCGCCGAGUCGCUUUGGACUUGUCCGAACCAUGGGAUGCGAAGCCUCAUACGUUCUGACGUGGCCAAGCUUCUACUUUUUCAUCAUCUGGGCCCCUAUAUUUGGAACGAUCGCCGCCGGAUAUACAGUCUAUGUUGGUUAUAAGCUAUACCUCUGGAAAUGGAAAAACGCUUCGCCCACCCAUUCUACAAAGCUUCCGGUUGUAAGACUGGCAUGGUUAUGUAUCACUUACACUAUUGCAGCAGUCCCACUCUCGAUUUACUAUAUGAUCGAAACAAUUGUCCGCGGAAGUUAUUCGCCUUUCUUGGUUAAAAAAAUCAGGGCCAACUCUUCAGGAAUUGAAUACGAAGCUUACAAGCUCAAGCCCACCUUUUAUGAUGCUCUACCAUUAAUGGGCAGCGGAAUUUACAUCGUCUUCUUCACUUUCUCUGCCGAACUAAGAGGCGUAUACAAGCGAUGCUUUUGGAAAGCAUUCAAGUUCUUGGUGAACGCAUUCAAAAGGAAGCAGAUUCCUGUGAAACCUGAGCUCAAAGUUGCUAUUGGAGACCAUACCAAGAUCGAAGUGGAUGUCGAUUCCGAGGACGAGAUGACGGAGCGCCAAGCCCAGGCGGAACCUAGAGAUUUGGUUACGAGAAUGCCGAUUGCAAGCUGUCCUCCAUCAUCUGCUCCGCAAACCUCCAGAUUUGAAGAUGUCCGAUUCUCGAAGACCAGUUCUGAUCGAACUCUCUGUAGCUCCCCAACUGCAUUGUCGCACCUGAUUCCAAGAUGAAUUCACUACUAUGUAUAUUACUUCGUAUUACUCAUGUUGUACCCUUAUUGUGCCUUAAG